CGUAGCUUAUCCAUCCAUACUUGAGCCUGCAUCAUGACCCUCCGUUCCUCAGAUCCUCUUCCCUCGUUUUCUACUGGUGGAGACAUGCUGGACUUUCUGGUUCAGUCGGGUGAUAUCAGCAAACCUGACGGGCUGCUGGCUACCUGGUUUCACAGAGCUAACAGCAAGGAGGAAAUGAACAAAGCUCUCACAAGUGAUGCAAUGAUCCUGGAGGCUGAUAUCACGGUGGAGGGUUAUGGAACACCCAGUGAGAAGCCCAUCCCUAUCAUGGCCCACCCUCCUGACAUCUAUAGUGACAACACUCUGGACCAAUGGCUGGAUGCUGUGCUGGCAUCUAAAAAAGGCAUAAAGUUGGAUUUUAAGUCUUUGAAAUCAGUGGGUUUGUCAUUGGACCUUCUUCGUGAAAAGAACAGCAGCAGAGCAAUAAACAGGCCUGUCUGGCUUAAUGCAGACAUCCUCCGAGGUCCCAACGUACCAGAUUUCCUGCCUCCAGUCAAUGGAACCAGAUUUCUGCAGUUGAUUGAGGAGAAGUUUCCGGAUGCAACUUUGUCUCCUGGAUGGAUGGUAGCCUAUGGUCCUCCACUUUUCAUUGAAACCUACAGCAGGGCCAUGGUGGAGGACAUGUAUAACAUGAUCAAAGAUGUUCCUCAAAAGGUGACAUUCCCAGUCCAUGCCCUGUUGGUUCGCAGAGCCUGGCAGCACAUCAGCUGGCUCCUCAGCCAGUCACCACGGUUCAGUCUGACACUGUGGCAGGGUUCAGUUCAUCCAAACAUGAGUGACCUGCUGUUUAUUCGUGAGAACAGCUACCCCUCCAGAGUUUACUACGAUAUCUAUGAACCAACGCUGUCUGAAUUCAAAGAGGCUGCAAGGCAGCAGGGCCUUAUGAGAAGAUUUUAUCCUGGAGGAGACCUGAUGGAUUUCCUCUAUCCAGUUCACAAGUCAGACAGGGAUUCCCCAUCCACCGCCUACAAACAAGGCAACAGCCUGGCAGUCCAUUGGUUGAGAGUCUCUGACCACACCUCACUGUUGACUCAGCUUUCAGCUGGUGAUGGUGGUAUGCUGGUGGUCCAGGUGACCUCUGACCCUAACCAGCCUGGAGUCCCUCUGGUAGCGGUUUCAGGAGAGAGCUCAGAGGCCUUCACACUGCAGGACUUCCUGCACCUGCUUGAGCAGAGAGCUGACCUCCCCUGGGGUGUUUACCUGCAGAUCCACACUCAGCAGCUUCUGGAAGCUUCUCUUGAAUUGCUGCAGUCGGCCUACAGCAGGGAGAAGCUCUACAGGCCCGUCUGGAUCAGCACGGAGGAUUUACAGAGCACUGACAGCACCAAGGAGUUUGUAUCCACAGUAGAGAGACUGUUCCCGUACGUAACUCUGGUCCUGAGACGGCAGAAGUGGCCUCCAAUGAUCCCAGAGACAGGCUUGUCUCAGAGGGUGGCUCUACAUCUGAACACAGCAUCACUGCCAAAAGGACAAGAGGAGCUAAACUCUCUAGUGAGAAUGAUGGAUAGCUAUGACCUUAUAGUGGAGGAGGACACACACAGCAGUGCUGGAGAUUCCACAGUCCUCACAGGACUUAAGAGCCAGUGUAGAGGGAGAGCAAACACAAAUCUGUAUGUGAUAUCUGAUCAGUCCUAACUGAGGAUAGAUAUGACCAACCCACGAUUACUGCACUAAAAAUGAUAUUUGUGUCAUAUGUUUGCCUCUUCAGUGUGAUAGACAUACACUGCAACAUUGUUCAUCAAACCUGUCCUUUGUAUUAAUUAGAGGGCUAAUGUAUCAGCUGCUACUGGUUCAUACUGAUCUAUCAGUGUAUACAAUGGUGUAUGUGGGAAAAAUAUUGUACAUAAUGCAAUGCAUAUUGCAAAUCAGAGACUACCUUGCUUAAUAUGUAAGUUUAUGCACUGUUGAAGCUUGUUGCCAGACUUUAAGUAUGGCAGUUUCAGUCAGGUGGUCAGUCCAGCACUUUGGUCUAGAGCAGCGGUUCCCAAACUUUUUUAGCCACGCACCCCCUUCUGUGUCCCAACCGGGUUGACCCACCCCCGAUCCCCCACACCUUCAAAAAAACCCUAAUGCAAAUAGCUUUUUUAUAGCCAUAUUAAAGGAGCAAGUUUAAUCAUGCUCAAAUGACCAGAACACACAUAUAAUUUAAAAAAAACAUCACAACAAUGAGCUCAGUUUCAAAAUAAUGCAACAAAGUUAUGCGCAAGCUUCCACUUUUAAGAGCAAAGAGGAUGAUGACAGACUCAGGAUCAGAGGCAGAAAGCACAUAAGUUGGGAAAAUGUUAUAAUAUUUUGAGCUGCACUGGACAAAAAUAACUGCUUCUACGCUUAAUUUUAAGAUGAAGUGCUUUUUGAAUAGCCUGCAUUUAUUUAUUAAUUAAUAUUACAGUUUUUGAUUUUACAAAGGAAAUUUUUAUUUACAUUUUUCUCCUAUUUUUACAUUUUUACAUUUUCUUUAUUGUGUGGGGGAAAAAAUGUAAUUGUGUAAUUAUCAGACCACCAUUACAUUUUUCAUCUCGUGCACCCCCUAGAGGCAGCUUGUGCACCCCUGGGGGUCCACGCACCACACUUUGGGAAUCCCUGGUCUAGAAUAUAAUGUCUUGACGAUCAAUGAUUGGCAUACAACUUGUUAGACAUGUUACAUGUUAAUGACUUUGAUGAUUGCUUCACCUUUUCCUAAAGUGCCACCAGGAGGCUGACAUUUUUAUUUCAAAGUGAUAUCUCUCCCCUACAGAGUUGAUUGCCAUUGUAAAGACACUCAUGAUUCUAUCGAGUGUGAUUUGAACAUCAAUACAUGCCAAACAAGCCACGGCCAGAAACGUUCCGAACACUGGAAAAAGAAAAUAACAGAGAAAACACAGGCCACACUCUUCUAUGGGUCACAUGUGAUGACUGAGAGGGAUUAUUAAUAGAGGGUAAGGGAUUAUUAUUUUGGUGUGAAUCUAUACAUUGUUUUAAUAAAUACACAUCUUCCUCACUGUGCCUUUAACAUGUCAUCAUGUACUUCACUGUGGAUUUAGAGAUUUGCUGUGAUUGGCAGAAAGCAUUUUUCUUUCCAUUUAAGGAACCAAACUUAACCUGUUUCCUCAAA